UUGAGCGCUCCGCUCGCUUUCGCUGUGAUUUUAUACCGAAGUCAUACUUCACAUUCCAGCUUUACUGUCAAAUCGGGAGAAAUAUUUCUUCAAAAACAUCAACGCUGUUUGCCUUUGUAAAUGGGCUAAUGAGAUAGUGCUUCCAAUCCCUUUUUUUGCACGUAGCAGAGCAGAGGUUUGCUUUUAAGUAGUCCUGGGUGUGAGGGCUCACGUAGGGGCCCAGGUGGAGCCGCCACCAUUGCAGCCAACGAGUGGAGCACCAGCGAUAGCCCGGAGGAGGGGCAGGAGGAUGGAGUGGACGGGAUGGACAAGGCCGGAAUUGACGGGGAUGCGGAGGGGGUCUGGAGCCCGGAUAUCGAACAGAGCUUCCACGAGGCUCUAGCCAUCUAUCCACCCUGCGGCCGGAGAAAGAUCAUCCUCUCAGAUGAAGGGAAGAUGUACGGUCGCAAUGAGUUGAUAGCAAGAUACAUAAAACUGCGAACAGGGAAAACUCGCACAAGGAAACAGGUGUCUAGCCAUCUGCAGGUUCUUGCGCGGAGAAAGUCCCGCGAGAUUCAGUCUAAGCUGAAGGCCAUGAACUUGGAUCAGGCCUCCAAAGACAAAGCCCUUCAAAAUAUAGCUGCUCUGUCCUCUGCUCAGAUUGUUUCCCCUCAUUUGAUGAAGAGUCAGUUACCUCCUCUUCCUCAGCACCCUUACCCUCCUCCAUCCAGGUUUUGGUCUGGCUCUAUCCCAGGACAGCCUGGACCUUCUCAGGACAUUAAACCCUUUGCACAGAGUCCAUACUCCACCCUACAACCCCCACUUCCUACGCCCUUAUCAAGUUAUGAGCCCUUACCCACCCCAUUCCCCCCCACUGCCACUGCAGUGCCUGUUUGGCAGGAUCGGACCAUUGCCUCUGCUAAACUCCGCAUGCUGGAGUACUCUGCCUUCAUGGAGGUCCAGAGGGACCCUGAUACUUACAGCAAGCAUCUGUUUGUUCACAUUGGCCAGACAAACCCCUCAUACACGGACCCUCUCCUGGAGGCAGUGGAUAUUCGUCAGAUCUAUGACAAGUUUCCGGAGAAGAAGGGUGGACUAAAGGAACUUUUUGAGAAAGGCUCUCAGAACGCCUUCUUCCUGGUCAAGUUCUGGGCUGAUCUGAACAAUAGCAACGUUCAGGAUGGUGCAGGCUCUUUCUAUGGGGUCAGCAGUCAGUACAGCAGUUCUGAAAACAUGACGAUCACCGUGUCCACUAAAGUCUGCUCUUUCGGGAAGCAGGUGGUAGAGAAAGUUGAGACAGAGUAUGCCCGCGUGGAGGGUGGGAGGUAUGUUUACCGGAUCCAUCGCUCCCCCAUGUGCGAAUACAUGAUCAACUUCAUCCACAAACUCAAGCACCUACCAGAGAAAUAUAUGAUGAACAGUGUCCUGGAGAACUUCACUAUACUACAGGUUGUAACAAACAGAGACACACAAGAGACUUUGCUAUGCAUUGCAUUCGUGUUCGAGGUGUCCACAAGUGACCAUGGCGCGCAGUAUCAUGUUUACAGACUCGUCAAGGACUGAUUGAUCACUGUGCUCAGGAGACCUCCAGAUGCUGUUCACAUGUGUACAAACAAAAUUAGACAAAGCUAAAGUUCAAAAACACAAACCAGGAAACUGUGCACUAGGUUGUAUUGAAUAUUUAGUUAUAUUCCUUAAAAGGAAAGGAAAUGUACUUUCAGGGAUAAUUAUAUUUCUUCCUUUGUACUUAUUGUUUUGUGAGAGUCUGUGGUGGGAUAACAUGGUACUUAGACGCUGAAGGCACAAAGGUCUUUUUUAAAAGUGAUUGUAAGCAAAUAGAAAAUGAAUGCUAAUCAAUACAAGUUCUCUAAUCAGGAACGUUGUGACAUGAAACGCUUGUUCUGAAUCGUUCGCUUGACACACCAGCGCACUACCUCUGACCUUUGACACACAGGGGGUUUAGAUUGUGCCCAGAAGGAUGAGCAAGACUUGAUUGUGAUUAAAAAAACAUGUUACGUGUAGGAAAGGAAUCUUGAAUGUUUGUUAUGAGGGUAAAUGUAAGUUACAAGAGUGCAACAUCAGUUUGGUUUAGAUGUUACACACUUGCUCUGUGUAUGGCUUGAUUUUCUAUUUUUUAAAGUGCAUAUGUGUGAGCUAUUUCUACCUCCUGGUGUUGCACGUAUUUACAUGCUUCUGGAGCAUCUUGAAAGCAGAGUAUACAACUGUCAUUUAAAACCAUUUGCCAAUGCCAUAGUGGUUAUUGUAAAUAAACGGUACAUAUGCUGGUUUUACUUGAUUACCUGCCCUCAUUUGAAGUGCCUUAUCACACUUGGGGCCUACCCAUACUGGCAAGUAGGCAGCAUAAUUCUGUAGAUGAGGAAACAUUUUUCGAGGGCAACUCUGAUGUGGUGUAGCCUCACAUCAGAGUUAGCCUUUAAAAAUGUUACCUGUACAUAUAGGACAAAACAUAUCUCAGCAGGUAAGACUUGGGUUUAAAUUCACAGUAUUUUAGAGUUUUAUCUAAGAACAUAUUAAUUAUAUAAUCGCCAAGCAAUUUCACUUAACUUAGCUUUGUUACAAAUGAAACGUGGGUGCUUAUUUAAAACGGGGUGAGUAUUUUUCCUAACAUUUAAUAGCAAGAAAAGACUGUGCCUGAUCUAUUGUGUUUCAGUCUGAUUGAUUUGAGUGGCUAGCCAUAUAUCAACAGAGAAUUUGAAAAUUUUAAUUUUUAAAGAUAUCCUUUAAUUCCAUAUCAAAAUGUGCAAAGAUCUGAACUAUUCAGAUCCACUGGUUCUCAGGUACUUUCAGUAAUAUAAAACACUCUGUUUAGAUUGAUAGUACAUAACUACUCAUUAUUUGUUAUGCUUCAGCUAAAAGCGCCCACCUUAAUAGGAGUUUAUAUCUUUUUAUUUGUUUUGUUUUGCCACUGGCACAUUCAGAGGUUAAUACAUACGGUUUUUAAAGAUCAGCGCCUUGGCAGUGUAUUAAACAUAAUUACUGAGUGACAUUCAAUCAUCUGUUUGUAUCAUAUGUAUCAGUACAUUUAUAUGCAUUUGUGCAUUGCAUUAUGAAAACCACAUUUGCUAUUGCAAAAAGGCUAACUGAUGCCUAAAGAUUUGUGGGAUAUUUUUCUUUUGGAACUCCAGAUGCAACCGUGAAUAUAUGUGGAAUAGAUGACUUUUUUGAAAGGACUAGUCCCUAAUACUAAAGAGCGUCUUUAAGGUCUUUAUACAGAAUGACAUCCAAUUGAAUGUGAACAGCAUCCACCACAAAACCCUAUCUUGCCUGAUUGUGUGGUUCAGGUCAUGUUUGACAUCUACAAGCAAAAUCAUCCCUCUGCGUGAGUGUGUGUGUGUGUAAUUGGGUGUGUAUAUCUGUGUAUUUGUGAGAGAGAAAAACAUGAUUUUGACAUGCUACAAAACAUUUUGUGUAUAUUUUAAGAAUGUUAACAGGAAAAGUUUUUAUCUCUUUUCUUUUUCCAUCUUUAUUAUUUGCUUUGUUUGUUUGUUAAAAAAUCGUUCUUUGCUCUGGUUAUUAAUAAAAAAGGGUUGUAACAUCUAUACAGUGUUUCAUUGAUCUGCUAAUAAAGUGAUAUUGGAGCCAUGGAA